AUGCCCUCCCUCUCACAUCACCCUCCCAUCACAACGCCCUCCCCUCACAACACCCUCCCCUCACAACGCCCUCCUUCUCACAUCACCCUCCCCUCACAACGCCCUCCUUCUCACAUCACCCUCCCCUCACAACGCCCUCCUUCUCACAUCACCCUCCCCUCACAACGCCCUCCUUUUCACAACGCCCUCCCCUCACAACGCCCUCCUUCUCACAUCACCCUCCCCUCACAACGCCCUCCUUCUCACAUCACCCUCCCCUCACAACGCCCUCCUUCUCACAUCACCCUCCCCUCACAACGCCCUCCUUUUCACAACGCCCUCCCCUCACAACGCCCUCCUUCUCACAUCACCCUCCCCUCACAACGCCCUCCUUUUCACAACGCCCUCCCCUCACAAUGUCCUCCCUCUCACAUCACCCUCCCCUCACAACGCCCUCCCCUCACAACACCCUCCCCUCACAACGCCCUCCUUCUCACAUCACCCUCCCCUCACAACGCCCUCCUUCUCACAUCACCCUCCCCUCACAACGCCCUCCUUCUCACAUCACCCUCCCCUCACAACGCCCUCCUUUUCACAACGCCCUCCCCUCACAACGCCCUCCUUCUCACAUCACCCUCCCCUCACAACGCCCUCCUUCUCACAACGCCCUCCUUCUCACAACGCCCUCCUUCUCACAUCACCCUCCCCUCACAACGCCCUCCUUCUCACAUCACCCUCCCCUCACAACGCCCUCCCCUCACAACACCCUCCCCUCACAACGCCCUCCUUCUCACAUCACCCUCCCCUCACAACGCCCUCCUUCUCACAUCACCCUCCCCUCACAAUGCCCUCCUUCUCACAUCACCCUCCCCUCACAACGCCCUCCUUUUCACAACGCCCUCCCCUCACAACGCCCUCCUUCUCACAUCACCCUCCCCUCACAACGCCCUCCUUCUCACAUCACCCUCCCCUCACAACGCCCUCCUUCUCACAUCACCCUCCCCUCACAACGCCCUCCUUUUCACAACGCCCUCCCCUCACAACGCCCUCCUUCUCACAACGCCCUCCCCUCACAACGCCCUCCUUCUCACAUCACCCUCCCCUCACAACGCCCUCCUUUUCACAACGCCCUCCCCUCACAACGCCCUCCUUCUCACAUCACCCUCCCCUCACAACGCCCUCCUUCUCACAUCACCCUCCCCUCACAACGCCCUCCCCUCACAGGGCUACAGUCUCAUGCUAUAA